GAAUGUGAAGAUGUGGAGACUACUUUAGGCCCUGCCCAGAGCCCAGAAGUCCAGACGGCCUGGGAGACAAGCAGGAGUUGGAGCCCAAGUUGGAGAGACAGAGGAGAAGCCUACUGCAGCCCAGGGUGUCCUUGACCCUAUUCAGGAGGUAAGGACAAGCAGGAGGUCUUUGGUGUGCCCUCAGAAGUUUGCCUUCGGUUCUCACCACGCCACUCUGAGAAUGGAACGAUCCACCCGGGAGCUGUGUCUCAACUUCACCGUUGUCCUGAUUACAGUUAUCCUUAUAUGGCUCCUUGUGAGGUCCUCUCAGUACUGAGAUGCCACAGAUCCUGGAAUUGACUGCAAUGCUCCAGGGCUGUCUUCUGUAUGCCCUGACAUCCCACUGCUGUCAUGGGAUGCCUUUUCUGGCAUCCCACGGCACUUCUGACCAGUUCGCACAAUAUCUGGGGUGCCUCCAGAGCUUCUCUCAAUGGCUUCAAAGUGUUUGCCAGUAAGCAUUAGAUUUAUUCCCCAAUUCUUACUGCAAAUGUGUUAGACAAGCCACAAGGUUAAAAGUAAACUGGAUUCAUGAUGACAUAGAAUGUUAACAAGCCCCUGAUCUGUCUCACCACACAUCCCUUCAACACACACUCAGCAACCAAACUCUAAAUCAACCUGCCAGAAGAAAGAAAUGUUAAAGGAAGUCUUUGUCAGCCCCUGUAACUAUCAUGUGAAUAAAGUUAAGUCAACCAAAAA